CUAAAGUGUUUACUUGUAAGACAUUUGAGACAAGACAAGAUGGUGAGCUUUAUUUGUGCAUUGGUGGCGAUUACCUGCAUCGUUGUUAAUAUUCAAGGAGUGAGAUUAACAAACGAAAAGGAAGAUUAUUUAAAAGAUUUCUACUCAACAUUCAGCCAUGACAUUAAACGCACCAUAAAAUCCGAUCAAAACAAUGCAACAUUGAAAGCACAAAUUGCAGUAAUAGACGGACAAAUAAAAAAACUUCAAACAUAUCACAAGAAUCUUCAAACCCAGCACAAACAUCUACAAACAUUUAAGUUAACUCUUCAACACAAAAUCAAUAGGACAGAAGUACAAACAUAUAAACUAGUGAAACUACAACAAAAAAUUAAGAAAGUUGAAUUGAAAAUGGUUGAUCUGUCGUCAAAAAUGAAAAAACUUGAUGCACAAAUGGCAAAAUUACAAACGGAGUUGAAAAGUCUUGAAAAACAAUUGAAAACACUUUACAUGGAAAAUGAAGAACUUACAAAUAUCUCGGAAAAAGGAAAAGACUGCGCAGAUCUUUACAGAAAAAGUAUAAGACACAAUGGAAUAUACGAAAUUGAUCCUGAUGGUAACGGAUACUUUAAAGUCUUCUGUGACAUGACGUCAUCGGGUGGUGGUUGGACUGUAAUUCAAAGACAUAUAAAAAAUGGAAAUACAGACUUUUAUCUGGGUUGGGCGGAGUAUAAACGUGGCUUUGGUAAUCUUAAAUCCGAAUUCUGGCUUGGAUUGGACAAGAUACAUCGACUAACAUCUGCAAAAAAAAACAAACUUCGAAUUGAUCUAGUUAACACGUCAGGCACUAAAAAAUACGCUGAAUAUGAAGAUUUUGUUGUAAAGGAUGGAAAUUCUAAGUAUCAAUUAAGUAUUGGAAAAUACACAGGAACUGCUGGGGAUAAAUUAUCCUAUCACAAUAAUAUGAAGUUUUCAACCAAAGAUUCAGAUAAUGAUAAAAGUAGUGGAAAUUGCGCUUCUUCCUACAAAGGCGCUUGGUGGUAUAAUGGUUGUUAUCACUCUAACCUAAAUGGUAAAAAUCUUGCUUGGUCUGGUUUUAGUAGCGUGAAAACCAGUGAAAUGAAAAUCAAACCAUGAUGACUUUGCAUAAAUAUUAAUAAUUUCAUGACAAUGAUCAAUAUAUCUAUCAAUACGUCAUGUAAAAAUAUGUUUGUUUACGAGUAAAUAUGCAAAAAAUUGUGUUCAUUUCAUGAAGUAAUAAAAAAUAUUGUUUCAAUCAAUGAAAUGGAGGAAAUGUGAGUUUUUAAUAUGUUUAUCUAAAUGAAGCUGUUAUCAUCAAAUCAUACGCAAAAUAACUGCAUCUUUUUGAGCUUUACCAUGUUGUUAGCUGCCUUCUUUAAAGAGAUAUUUCUUUUUAAUUAUUAUAUUUUAUUCUUCAUGGCAUGAUAUGGUUUCUCACAUUUAACAAGACUUACGCGCUUAUAUAGCACGUUGUGUUUUUUCAAAAUAAACAAAUUAGAAAAACAAAGGAUUGAUAUCUGCUUCAACUUAAAUUAAAAAUUUGCAAAGAG